ACACCUCCACCUUCCAUCCAAAAUUACUUUAAAAUUUGCCAGUCAAGUUGUGUGUUUCAAAAUUAUAGCCGGUAGAGAAGACAGUGCCAUACAAAAACAUAGUAGCAAAGGUCUUAAAACACCCAUAUUAAAACAAACGUUGGACUUUCACCUUUGAAUAAUCCAAAAUGCAGAUCUUUGUGAAGACCUUGACUGGAAAGACCAUUACUUUGGAGGUGGAGCCCUCCGAUACGAUUGAGAAUGUGAAGGCCAAGAUCCAGGAUAAGGAGGGCAUCCCCCCAGAUCAGCAGCGUCUGAUCUUCGCCGGCAAGCAACUGGAGGACGGACGCACCCUGUCCGACUACAACAUCCAGAAGGAGUCGACCCUCCACUUGGUCCUCCGUCUGCGCGGUGGAAUGCAGAUCUUUGUCAAGACUUUGACCGGCAAGACCAUCACUCUUGAAGUUGAGCCAUCCGACACCAUUGAGAAUGUGAAGGCCAAGAUCCAGGACAAGGAGGGAAUUCCCCCAGACCAGCAGCGUCUGAUCUUCGCCGGAAAGCAGCUUGAGGAUGGUCGCACUUUGUCCGAUUAUAACAUUCAGAAGGAGUCGACCCUCCACUUGGUCCUCCGUCUCCGCGGUGGAAUGCAGAUCUUUGUCAAGACUUUGACCGGCAAGACCAUCACUCUUGAAGUUGAGCCUUCUGAUACCAUCGAAAAUGUGAAGGCCAAGAUCCAGGACAAGGAGGGAAUCCCCCCAGAUCAGCAGCGUCUCAUCUUCGCCGGAAAGCAGCUUGAGGAUGGUCGCACUUUGUCCGAUUAUAACAUCCAGAAGGAGUCGACCUUGCAUUUGGUUCUCCGUCUUCGUGGUGGUAUGCAGAUUUUCGUGAAGACUUUGACCGGAAAGACCAUAACCCUGGAGGUGGAGCCAUCCGACACUAUUGAGAAUGUAAAGGCUAAGAUUCAGGAUAAGGAGGGAAUCCCCCCAGAUCAGCAGCGAUUGAUUUUCGCCGGAAAGCAGCUUGAAGACGGUCGCACUUUGUCUGAUUACAACAUCCAGAAGGAGUCGACCCUCCACUUGGUCCUCCGUCUGCGAGGUGGAAUGCAGAUCUUUGUCAAGACUUUGACCGGCAAGACCAUCACUCUGGAAGUGGAGCCUUCGGACACCAUUGAAAACGUCAAGGCCAAGAUCCAGGAUAAGGAGGGCAUUCCCCCAGAUCAGCAGCGUCUGAUCUUCGCCGGCAAGCAACUGGAGGACGGACGCACCCUGUCCGACUACAACAUCCAGAAGGAGUCGACCUUGCAUUUGGUUCUCCGUCUGCGUGGUGGAAUGCAGAUCUUUGUCAAGACUUUGACCGGCAAGACCAUCACUCUUGAAGUCGAGCCUUCUGAUACCAUCGAAAACGUCAAGGCCAAGAUCCAAGACAAGGAGGGUAUUCCCCCAGAUCAGCAGCGUCUCAUCUUCGCCGGAAAGCAGCUUGAGGACGGUCGCACUUUGUCCGAUUACAACAUCCAGAAGGAGUCGACCUUGCAUUUGGUUCUCCGUCUCCGCGGUGGAAUGCAGAUCUUUGUGAAGACCUUGACCGGAAAGACUAUAACCCUGGAGGUGGAGCCUUCGGACACCAUUGAGAAUGUGAAGGCCAAGAUCCAAGACAAGGAGGGAAUCCCCCCAGAUCAGCAGCGUCUCAUCUUCGCCGGAAAGCAGCUAGAGGAUGGUCGCACCCUGUCCGAUUACAACAUUCAGAAGGAGUCGACGUUGCAUUUGGUUCUCCGUCUGCGUGGUGGUAUGCAAAUCUUCGUGAAGACUUUGACCGGAAAGACCAUCACUCUGGAAGUGGAGCCUUCAGACACCAUUGAGAAUGUGAAGGCCAAGAUCCAGGACAAGGAGGGAAUUCCUCCAGAUCAGCAGCGUCUCAUCUUCGCCGGAAAGCAGCUUGAGGAUGGUCGCACUUUGUCCGAUUAUAACAUCCAGAAGGAGUCGACCUUGCAUUUGGUUCUCCGUCUUCGUGGUGGUAUGCAGAUUUUCGUGAAGACUUUGACCGGAAAGACCAUAACCCUGGAGGUGGAGCCAUCCGACACUAUUGAGAAUGUAAAGGCUAAGAUUCAGGAUAAGGAGGGAAUCCCCCCAGAUCAGCAGAGAUUGAUUUUCGCCGGAAAGCAGCUUGAAGACGGUCGCACUUUGUCUGAUUACAACAUCCAGAAGGAGUCGACCCUCCACUUGGUCCUCCGUCUCCGCGGUGGAAUGCAGAUCUUUGUCAAGACUUUGACCGGCAAGACCAUCACUCUUGAAGUCGAGCCUUCUGAUACCAUCGAGAAUGUGAAGGCCAAGAUCCAGGACAAGGAGGGAAUCCCCCCAGAUCAGCAGCGAUUGAUCUUCGCCGGCAAACAACUGGAGGACGGACGCACCCUGUCUGACUACAACAUCCAGAAGGAGUCGACCCUCCACUUGGUUCUCCGUCUGCGCGGUGGAAUGCAGAUCUUUGUCAAGACUUUGACCGGCAAGACCAUCACUCUUGAAGUCGAGCCUUCUGAUACCAUCGAGAAUGUGAAGGCCAAGAUCCAGGACAAGGAGGGAAUCCCCCCAGAUCAGCAGCGAUUGAUCUUCGCCGGCAAACAACUGGAGGACGGACGCACCCUGUCUGACUACAACAUCCAGAAGGAGUCGACCCUCCACUUGGUUCUCCGUCUGCGCGGUGGAAUGCAGAUCUUUGUCAAGACUUUGACCGGAAAGACCAUCACUCUUGAAGUUGAGCCUUCUGAUACCAUCGAGAAUGUGAAGGCCAAAAUCCAGGAUAAGGAGGGAAUCCCCCCAGAUCAGCAGCGUCUGAUCUUCGCCGGCAAACAACUGGAGGACGGACGCACCCUGUCCGACUACAACAUCCAGAAGGAGUCGACCUUGCAUUUGGUCCUCCGUCUGCGCGGUGGAAUGCAGAUCUUCGUGAAGACUUUGACCGGAAAGACCAUCACUCUGGAAGUGGAGCCUUCGGACACCAUUGAAAACGUCAAGGCCAAGAUCCAGGAUAAGGAGGGCAUCCCCCCAGAUCAGCAGCGUCUCAUCUUCGCCGGCAAGCAACUGGAGGACGGACGCACCCUGUCCGAUUACAACAUUCAGAAGGAGUCGACCCUCCACUUGGUCCUCCGUCUGCGCGGUGGAAUGCAGAUCUUUGUCAAGACUUUGACCGGCAAGACCAUCACUCUUGAGGUGGAGCCAUCCGACACCAUUGAGAAUGUGAAGGCCAAGAUCCAGGACAAGGAGGGCAUCCCCCCAGACCAGCAGCGUCUCAUCUUUGCCGGAAAGCAACUGGAGGAUGGACGCACCCUGUCCGAUUACAACAUCCAGAAGGAGUCCACUUUGCACUUGGUGCUCCGACUCCGCGGUGGAAUCCAGGCUUAAACUGAAUACAUUUCCAAAUAAACACAAUUCUUAGCACGCA